UGGGGUGUCGGUUGGUGUUGCCGUCAUUCUCGGCCUCCUUGGUUUCGGUUUCUGGUUCAUGCGCCGUAGGAGGAACCAGUCCAUCGAAGAGGAACACCGUCGCAACGCCGCCGUCAACUCGUUCAUUGCUGGCGCAAAGCCUCCCGGUAGCAGCGGCGGCGUCUCCAUGACCGAUUCCCGCAUGGACCCCGUCCUAGCUCACCGCCGGUUGAGCGACGGUAGCAUCGCCGACAACCAAGAUUACUCGCGCAAGAUCCUCCGGGUCACCAACGCAUGAGAUGUUGAGUGAGCAUGUAUGACAAGCAUCUCGCGACACCAUCUACCACCUAUCAUUUACACUUUCUAUUUUUCUUGGCAUAUAAGGCGUUGUAUGGAUGUCAAAUCAUGUCGUUGGAGGGAAUGGGGCGUCACCUAUUCCCCAGGAGCCCAAUCCUUGGGACUGACCAGGCGUGUUCUGUGCUUUGCUUUGUUUUCUUUUCUCGGAUUGUCUCUUUAUUUGUCAUGGUGUAGGAGGCUACAUCAACCUCCAAGGGUUCGUGAUGAUUCGGAUCUUUCUGAAAUGGGAACAUCGCUGCGAGCACGAAACACACCAGCUCGACACCAGCAACAAAAGCCCCCAUGCCUAUGCCGUCCACUCCUUAACCUCAUUGAAUAUCCCACUCUCGAAUUCCUUCUCGGCAGGAUCUUUCUGUCGGAGUGUCGCAAGACAAGAGAUUCCAAGUCGCCCUUACUUUUCUUCCAUCGACAACAUGCUGGAUUUUACCCCCUCGUGCGCAACCCGAAAUACCGGGUCUCGGCUUUUCCAACGCAGAUUCGAAUCCAAUGUCGGUAUACGAUCCGACAAUGGCCACAUCCGAAUGGAUCUCGACGCUUCUGUCAGUGGAAGGAAACUGGCUCCGGUCGAAUUUCGAUCUAUCCACAUUUGUUCGAUCGACCUCUAUUUAUUAUAACUCGUCUGUUUGGAAAUUAUUUGGAACUCCUCGCAGGAAGAAGUGGACGUUGGGAAACGCUCCUGGUGCAACCGCUUUUCUUUUCAAUCCUUUUUUUGUUUUUUGUGUGUGUACAUAUGCAGCCGUCGACCCUCAGCUCGACCGAUGACAGAACUAUUGAUGGGGGUCGGAAGGGCCCUUUGUUCCCCCUUGGAGCUCCUUUUCGUAACUCGUUGGGGAGACGUUUGGCUGCAAAGGGUAGGCCGGAAAAUAGAAGGAGGAAUUGGACGGAUUCUCUCGUCGUCGAGCUGUUUCUUGGCUCCUGUGUCCGGGGUAGGCUGGCCCAGCGUUGGAUGAUGUGCUGUGCUUUUUCCGAACCUGCUGUGUCACGGCGGGCUAUGAAAUGUUGGAUGUUAUCUAGGAGAAACUUGUUGGCAUAGUAAUCGAGCAUAUCAGGUGAUUAUCUCCUCCCGGUUCUUCGCCGGUUCCCUCUCGUGGGUAUGGCUAUCGUUGCGGGCUUGUAUAGCAUGCCGUCGUUUUUUUUUCUUUCUCCAGCGGUUCUACGGAGUAAGUGAAGUACACUAUAUUGGGAGACGACGAGUUGAGACGGGGUUGCUGAAGACCAUCAUAGGGCGGACGCUGUUAAACGCUCAAUGUCAAACCAACCACCUCGCCACACGAGCUCAAGACUAGGUAGGCGACCUCUACUCUGGAUAUCUUGACCUCGUACUUCGUAAUACCUGAGAAUCCAGAUGGGCCAAACAUAUCGU